AAAAGGAUUAGCAAGGAUUUUUUUUUACUUUUUCUUCUCUCCAAAAUCGAAACCCUAGAACAAAAAACUACUGACAAAUUACCAUCUCAAAUUUGGGGAAAACUUUCUACUCGCAUUAAUCAGAUUUCAAGAUGGAAGAUAUGGAAAAGCUUAUUAAAGAACUAGAUGAUGCUAAAGGUAAAAUAGAGAAGCUGGAAGCUGAAUGUCAAACCAAAGAAGAUUUGUCUGAGAGAUUAAAGAGAGCUCGUGAUGAACAGGUGGCUAAGAUUAGAGAAGCAAAUCUGGAGAUUGAUAAACAAGCUCGAGAAUUAAGUGCAAAGACUGCUGACUUCUUAGAUACCAAGCAAAUGUAUGAAGAUAUUAAGAAUAGUAUGGAUGAAAAAGAAUCUGCAGUUAAACAUUUGCGUGCUGUCAAUGAGAAACUUCGAUCUGAUUAUGAAGAGAAGUUGGAGAAAUUGGAAGGGGACACGAGAAAAUUGUUAGUUGCUUUGGAUGAGUCAAAUAUGAAGAGUGAGGAACAAGAGCAGAAGGUUAACAGUUUUAAAGAGGAGAUUGCAGGUCUUAAGGAACUCUUAAAUGUGACAAAGAAAAAGUGUUCUGAAGCUGAACAAAGGGCAAAUGGGAGUAAAGAUCUGAGAAAGAGAGAAGACAUGUGUAUCCAACUUGAAGAGGAAAAUAGCAAGUUUAAGGAUCAGCUUAAAUGGAAGAUGGAGCAGUUUGAGCAUCUCCAAGAAGCGCACAACAAAAUCCAAGACGAGUUUCGGUUGAGUAAGAAGGAAUGGGCUAAGGAAAAAUCAAACCUCAUCGAUGAGAUUUCUUCAUCACAAACAAGUUUGAAUUCACAAAUUAGAAUCUCUGAAAGUCUUCAAAGUCGGUUGGAGAUGUGCAAUCAAGCUCUUGCCCACGAGGAAAGCCGAAGGAAGUUACUCGAAGUUCAACUUUCUGAAUCAAAACAGUCUUAUGAGAAUGUCUUUGCAGAUUACCAAGAAGCAAAUUCAAAGGUUGACAUUCUGACAGCUCAAAGGGAUGAAGAAAUUGCAUCACUGAGAAACUCGUUGGGGACGAAACAAACUUUAUCGAAAGAGAUGGAGUUCAGAAUAGGCCAACUCGAGGAAGAAAAUCGGGAGUUGCGGGGAUCUCUUAAAGAAUUUCAGGAAGCUCGGAUCCAAGAUGCCGGAGCAGCUUCUUCGCUGUUGAAGAUACGUAACAAGCUUAAAGGUUUGGAGCAAGUUCACAAGGAAUGCUCCGUGAAUUUGAAAGCUAGAGAAUCUGAAUUGGCUUUGGAAGAGAAACAAGUCCAGGACCUGCAGAUGGAGCUCGAACACACUACUUCAAAAAUAUUACAUUUGAAGCUCAAUAAUGAAGAAAUGUCUGUGUUACUUAACAAACUUAGUGGUUUGGAGCAAGUUCACAAGGAAUGUUCUGUGCAUCUGAAAGCAAGAGAAUCUGAAUUGGAUUUGAAGGAGAAACAAAUCCAGGACCUGCAGAUGGAACUAGAACAGUGCAAUAUGACGAUAUUACAACUAAAGCUCGAUAAUGAAGAAAUGUCCGUGUUGCUCAUGGUGUACAAAUCAGGAUUUUCAGAUGCUCAAUCAAAUCUGUCGAACUCGAAAGCUGCAACGGAACUUUGCGACUUCGAGAAAGAAGAGCAAAUUGCUCGGCUAAUGGAGCAGUUGGAUGAGAAGAACAGCUCCCUGGAAAAAGCCUAUGCUGAAAUGGAAGAAUGUCGUCAGACUGUAACAUCACUGGAGAAGAAGAUCGAGUCAUUGAAUGCAUCAAACAUGUCGAACUCGAAAGUUGAGAUGGAACUCCACAGCAAGGAGAAAGACGAAAAAAUUGCUGAUCUGAUAGGUCAGCUGGAGGAAAAGAAGAAUUCAUUGUUGAAAGCCUAUGAUGAGAUUGAAAAGUAUCGUGACAUUGCUUCAUCAUUAGAGAAGAAGAGUGAGUUGUUGGAAGUGUCUGAGCAGAAGCAUUCCGCUAUGCAGACCGAGCUUGAGAGGUAUAAAAGGAUGCUUGAGGAAUCAACUGAGAAGUGCUGUGAUAUAACUUCAUCAUUAGCGAAGAAGAGUGAGUUGUUGGAAGUAUUUGAGCAGCAGUAUUCCGCGACGAAGACCGAGCUUGAGAGUUAUAAAAGGAUGCUUGAGGAAUCAACUGAGAAAUGCUGUGAUGUAACUUCAUCAUUAGAGAAGAAGAUUGAGUUGUUGGAAGUAUCUGAGCAGCAGUAUUCCGCAAUGCAGAAAGAGCUUGAGAGGUACAAAGAGAUGAUUGAGGAAUUAAAUACCGAAUUGGCUGAAAGAACCAAUGAAGAAAGCGAAGCGGAGUUUGAAUUGGAAAGAUGGAAAUCUGUAGCUGAACGGCUACAAGUUUGCUUAGAAGAAAACCAAGAAAUUCGAAGGGAGAUGGAGACUUCACUUCUUGCACAAAUCGAAAUGGAGCAAAUCCUUAAGCAAGAGAAGGAAAACCUUGAAGCUGCAUUGGAAGUGAAACAUUCAGAAUUCGAAGAAGUUCGAGAUCAACUUGGGAAUAAAGAAAGAACUCUAGAAGGUGUGAUCGAGAAGCUGGAAACUGAUAAAAUCCUCUUGGGCGAUGAAAUACUGAAGCUGACAUCCGAGAAGAAAGAGUUUUUGGACCUUCUCGGAGAUUUCUCUGGCCGGGUUAGUGGGUUUUCUGAUAAAGACACAGAGCUUAUGGCAAGACUAGAGAGUACCAUGCAGAGUAUCAACAAGGCUAAUGAACUGGUGACAGAUUUGAUUGAAAAUGAUGACAAUGAGGAGGUUUAUGACCUGAACAUAGAGAAUGUAAAUACACUUCACACUAGAUCAGCAAAGAAUGUUGAAUUCGAUCUUGAAGGAAGAUCGCCAUUGAAGGAGCGUAAUAUUAGCUGCUAAAAUUUGGCAAGCUAGUAAAUAAUGCUGUUGUUCUCUUGCUUUGUUAGUAGCCAUGUAUCAAAUGGCUCGUUUUUCAUUUUUCUGAUAUUUUCUUUCUAAGCUGUGGCGUGAUUUCUUGCCUAUCUAUAUGUAAGAAAUCAUGGUAUAAUGAUUUGUUUUGAGCUUGUAUAUUACAUCUUUGAGUUCUCUGUCUCUUCUCCUAUUCUUGUUACUUCGAGUUUACAGGAGAUUGUUGAGCAAGGUACUGCAGUUGGAACCUUCACUCUAGAGCAGUUUCGGCCUUUUUUCCAGCAUUCGCUUCCUCACACGUUGAAGUAUGGCAUCUAGGGCUAGGCUCUUCAAGGGAUACAAAGAAGUGCAGCGAGAAAAAGCAGCUGAUCCAGAUAUCCAACUUGUGUGCGAUGACACUAACAUAUUUAAGUGGACUGCCCUUAUUAAGCCUCCUCAAGUGCGGUUCCUAACAAAAAUAUUUCAUCCAAAUGUGCAUUUAAAGACAGGAGAGAUUUGUCUAGACAUCUUGAAAACUGCAUGGAGCCCUGCUUGGACUCUCCAGUCAGUUUGUAGGGCCAUAAUUGCUCUGAUGGCACAUCCAGAAGCUGAUAGCCCUCUUAAUUGUGAUUCAGGAAAUCUUCUUCGGUCUGGUGAUCUAAGAGGAUACCAGUCUAUAGCAAGGAUGUAUACUAAACUUGCUGCAAUGCCUAAGAAAGGAUAAGACAACGCUGAGGAGACGAAUUUCCAGUUUCAUUAAGUAAAG